CUUGUUUUAACCUCGAGGCUGUAGUUGACCACUGUGGGCCUUGUAAUAACCAGCUCUUCGCGGCAGAGAGCUGUUCAGAGCCGAAAGAGAAGCCCCCAAGAUGGCGGAAACAGAGGGGGCCAACAACAAUCAACGUCUGCUCUUCGCAGCCCGCACAGACAACAUUGAGCUUCUGCAGGAGGUCCUGUCAGCCCCAGAGGGUAGCUAUGACAUCAACUUCCAAGACGGGCUGGGCAUGACGGCGCUGCAUUAUGCCGCGUCCUCGGCUUCGACCUCUGUUCUCCCUGAAUUGCUUGAGCAAGAGGUAGACGUCGAUUUGCACAGCCGUCUCGAGGGAAAUACACCAUUGCACGAAGCAAUAAAAGUAGAGCAUGAAGAAGCACGCAAUUGGAUCGUGGAGCAACUUCUAGAAGCUGGGGCAGAUCCAAGAGAAGUGAACAAGGAAGGUGACAAGCCGGCGGACAUCGUCUCGGCAGCGACGCCAUUGGGCCAACAACUUAAAGAUACAUUGCGGAAGGCCGAAGCGAUAGCGUCAAUUAGCACAGCAGAUAUUGCCAACGACGAUGACGACGAUGACGAUGGGCCGCCGUCAGACGAAGACUAGUUUGUGCGGGAGCAAGCGAAUAGAUGCCAGCUCACGUAUCGUCUUUGUAAUGCAUUUGCGUGUUGAGUACCAAUUGAGAGCGACUAUACAUAC